AACAUUUAUUUUGAAGUUUGCCAAAAGGACUGUUGGCCUCGAAAUGGGAUUACGCGUCGAAUCACUAUAAACCUGUCGUUUCACUUUUCAUUCGAGUGUGUUGCCAUUCCGCAAAAUGUGAUGAUUUGUUUUACACCAUGAGUUGUUCUAAAUGUUGACGAGAGUUUCAAAGCACUCACAUGGACUGAGUUCACAUGUACUGGGAGUUCGUGACUGUUUUCUUGCAUUUCUUGCAUGAAGAGUUUAUGAAGAUGAGGGCUACCGCUCCUCGUUUUCUCAGAAGAUAGAAAAGGAAUAAACGAGAUUUCCACUGCGGAGAAGAAGAUAAAAGGUCCUUAAAUGAUAUAUCCAACCACCUGGUGAAAAGUUCCACAGCCUCGAACCAGAUGGCAGCAUUGGCGAAACUGGUUGCCACCUCCCCUUUUCUCUCUCUGGAUGUUUUCUCUUCCACGUGCCUCAACUGGCGACCAGAGAUCUGACUUCACAAAGUGGAUGGCGGCGGGCUUCGGCGCCCCAUUCUGCUGCAGUUCCUCUCCUCUGCUGAAAUGUUUCGUUCCACGGCGAGGAAGAAUUCAAUCUUCGAUGAUAUGUUUUUUUGGCUGUGUUCCGUGCGACUGCUAUCGCUCUCUCUUUGCUUCGAUUCAACCGGAUAACUGCAGACCGGUUCUUUGAGCUGUGCGAAACGAGUUAACCAUGUCUCGGAUCUGAGUUUUUAUUUUGUGUGUGCGAUCCUUUGCAAGAGAAAUCCCACCGUUAUCCACAAUUGUUACUUCUUUAUUUCUCAAGGAUGUGAAAAAUUGUUGUUAACAGCUUGUUGUGCAUACGUGAUAAGUGAUGGCAUAUCUAACAGCAAAAAUGUGCUUAAUUGAUCUGAUGUGCGAUUUUUUCUGUACCUUAAACCGCGUCCUCAUUAGCUCUUCGUAACCUGUGGCGAUGCAGUUUUGUGGAUUAUCAAUACCAAGUAUCGGAUUGCUCCAGUCAUAUAUAUCCGGAUAUUGCUGUAUAUUUUAGACCACUGUAUUAUUCGGUGAUGGAUACCAAUCGUGUGUCAUUGUUGUCACUCAAGUUACCAGUGGUGGCGUUCUAGUUGGUAACAACAGGUUGGUGAUGAUAUACAGUGCAGCUUUAAUUUGGAAAUCUUUGCAAUAUCCUGUUUCUAUAUUCGUCUCAGAAAAGGGGUGAUCCGAGGUGUCUGCUUCGUUUCCUAGAAAACGGAUUUCCAAAGCUAGUUUAUUGUGGUUUUUGCCGCGCUCGAAUCAUCACACCUGUACAGCUUGGCACAGACCAAACGCCCUCAUGGAUGUGGAGGUAGUGAAGUACCUGUCUGAACUCAACCAGAAAAUUAGGAAAGGGUGUACCGCCCAUAUAACCAGAACGGGAAGGUUGUAUUAUAUGAACCAUGAAACAAAGACAUCGUCAUGGCUGCCUCCCGUGGAAUCCUGGGAUUCUGGAGGUUUGGGGUUGCCGUAUGGCUGGGAAGCUGCUUUUGACAGAGACGGAAAGACGUACUUCAUCAAUCAUGUGAACAAGACUACCACAAAUGAGGAUCCGAGAAAGGAUUCCGACGAGGAGCCUCCGCAACCACGUGACGUGGAGCUCAUUAGGGACCCCCAGAAAGGGUUUGGGUUCGUUGCCGGAAGUGAGAAGCCAGUCAUCGUAAGGUUCGUUACUGAAGGUGGUCCCAGCGAAGGUAAACUCCUCCCAGGAGACCAGAUCCUCCAGAUAAAUGGUGAAGACGUCAUGAAGUCUCCUAGGGAAAGGGUCAUCGAAUUAGUCAGGUCUUGUAAACAUUCGGUGAAACUUCAGGUGUGCCAACCAAUCACAAAUAAUACAACCAGAAAAUCAGCUCUUCUAACGGCUGCAAAAAAAGCUAAAUUAAAAUCGAAUCCUUCCAGAGUGAGGUUUGCGGAAGGUGUCGUUAUCAAUGGUUCUCCUCUCUAUUGUCCGUCCCCUUUUGAUUCUCACGUACCUUUUAUGCCUAAUGUUUUAAAAGUAUUUCUAGAAAAUGGUCAAACCAAGUCUUUCAAGUACGACAGUACGACUACAGUACAAGAUGUACUAAAUGUUCUCCAAGAGAAGCUGUCCAUCACUUGCCUGGAACAUUUCUCGCUGGUCGUAGAACAUAUAAAAUCUGUCCGCAGGAACAAGCUUUCUAUCCUCAGCCCCAAAGACACACUCGCAAAGAUCGCGGCGAGGCCCGGCGCCCACCACCUUCGAUGCCUUUUCCGUCUCACCUUCUUACCCAAAGACAUAUACGACCUCAUGCAGAGGGAUUCCGUGGCUUUCGACUACCUCUUCGUACAGUGCUGCAAUGAUGUCGUAAAGGAAAGAUUUGCACCUGAGUUGAAGUACGAUGUAGCCUUGAGGCUGGCUGCAUUGCACCUGCAGCAGCAUGCUGUCACCAGCGGAAUACAAGGCAAAAUGGUCGUCAAGGCCAUCGAGCGAGAAUACGGCCUCGAGAAAUUCGUUCCUAUGUCAUUGCUGGAGACGAUGAAAAGGAAAGAGUUGCUCAAGUUGCUGAAUCAGUUGAUGAAGCAGAACCAGGCCUUGAGUGGCCCCGGACAGAAACAGCUGACUGCCACCCAAGCCAAAUUUCAUUAUCUGAAAAUAGUCAGCGAACUGCCCAGCUAUGGCGCAAAGUCUUUCCCAACUUGCACCAAAAAUUCAGCCAUGGAGGUCGCCAUUUUGGUAGGGCCCAGAAUUGGCAUCAGUCAGAUCAGCACCAUUCGAAACAUAGCGCCCAUCAAUCUUGCUCAGUUUGGAGAACUGGAGAGUGUGGAAGUGACGCGAGAGGAUGACUUCUCUUAUAGAAUCAGGAUAAGGCUCCGGCAUCCGGAAAAAGAGUGCCUAAAUAUCCUGAUGGAGGACAGGGAAACGGAGGAGUUCGUUCUGGUUCUAGAAAGGUAUUACAGUCAGUUGAUAGGAAUGGAACUUCCGGUCGAUUGGGAAAACAGGGAUCCAGAACCUGUGGAAAGAGUUCCAAGCUACCACAGUCGACAUAUCGUACAGGAUGCUCCCUGGAAUUACUGCCCAUCAUCAUCACCUCAGAAACAACCUGAAGGAUUAACUACAGUCAAGACCAUUGAUCUUUCCAUACCACCACCUCCAUACAUACCAUGUGAGGAGAGACGAUUGUCCAGGAGUAAUUCAAGGGACCAGUUUAGCAUAGCAACCAGUCCAAGCUCCGUGGACCAUAAUAUGAAUGAGAUGCAGGCUUUGGUGGCUUCCAUAACGUCUCUGCCUAUGUGCCUCACCAACUCCCCGAAAGGCAGUUCUCAAAGUCUGAGUGACCAAUCAGAUGACAAACAUUCAUCAUCCUAUAUAGGUAGUGAAUGCAAAGAUUCACAGGCUAUAGCAGACAUAGCUUUUACCUCAGGUCAGAAUACAGACUUAGAAGAACGGACAGUGCAGAAAAUGUUACAGACGGAGGAUUGUCCUGAAAGAGCAUCCUUGCAGGACUUUGCUGAUAAACCUGACGCUGUAGCUGCCCAAUUACAGCAGCGGCAGACGUACGACUCAGCUGCUGGUAUUGACAUGCACAGUGUCAUGUCUAUGGAACUCCUGGAAGAAGAAAGCGAAGUGGAUGACGGCGAAAGCGUGAUGCAACGCAUCGAAAUCAAAAGUCACGACAUCAUCAGCAGGGUCACGGAAAUGAGCAAGAUUGUUAACGAUGCGCAGCUGUAUUUACAGAGCGACGGUAGCCGCAGCUGCGAAUCUGAUAGACACAGCUCAGGUGACCUGGGACUGAAAUCGAAUGAUUCGCUGCUGUUCAUCCCUCGUCACGGGACUUCAGAGGAAUAUAGUAGCUUAUUAACUCCUGGUAGCGACAUGAUGCCUUCAGAAAGCGAAACCGAGAGCACGCCAACGAAUAGCCCGACACACAACCAUAUGUUGGCUACGGAAGAUCCGGAGGAGAAUAUCAAGAAGAUGUGUUCGAGCUUUGGCUUGCACAGUCCGCAUCUUCUCAUGUCCUCGCUUCACCAGGAAUCUGAAGACAUAGAGGAACUGCUGCGGCAACUGCAGACGUCCACCAAUUUGCCCUUCGAAGGAAACACUUUGUGUCUGGAUCCCGAUAUCAUCGAUUUGACUAUCAUACCACCUCCUAAUCCGGAUGAUGUGGACUUUUGCUGUGUGACCCCUGAUGCCAUCGAUGACAACAAAUCCUUCCUCGAUCAGGAAACUGGCCAACGGAGAGAUUAUUAUGUCACGGAAUGUGAAGGCACAGCUUCCACGGAAAACAUAGAUCCGGAAGAAAAUGGAAUUGUGUUCUCAGCUUCACCUGCUACAACACCCACGGAGACUGUAGCCUCUUCGUCUCUCUCCAGUUAUGGCAUGACAGAAGCAUCGAGCAGCGAAACUCUGACUCCUGCUGAAGAUGAUCUUUCCGCUUAUAUCAUUCCCCCUCCACCGAGCUCAACGCGAGCCGUCGAAGAACAGAACCGAGUCUUGGCACGCUUUAGGCAAGCCGCCGAAGAAAUAAGGCGUAUGAUGGCCCACGGGAAUGACAACCUGUCUGGGUCUAAGUACUCAGAUACCAUGAAUUCUGUCAGCAAGUUCUGCACCAUUCCACGCAGACACGAGGAAGCCCACAGACCGUCAUUAUCCUCUUUGGCGUCACUUGUUACGCCCGUUCGAGAAACUCACGGAAAGAUUGGUUCAUCCAAUCCUUUUCCCAAUUCCAGCGACUCGACGUCUAAUGGUGGUGGCAGCCACACAAAGAAUCAUGCCAGCAUAGAUCAUCCGGUAAAUGGAUCCGUAGAAGAUUCCGAGAGUGAAGUAUCGUGGAGACCUCAGCCACCCCCUCGGGUGAAGAGGAACUCGAAUGCCGCAGAAAGUGUAGGCGAGCAUUCGAAUCUACACCAUAACGAACACACCAAAGUCAAUGGUUCAAACUCAGGGAAUCACAGUGAGAAUUUCUCAACUACAUCAUCCCACAGGAUAAGGGAUCAGACUAGUCAGAAUGGCUCUAGCACCAACGGAUAUUUUCAUCAAAAUGGUGAUGAUUUGCAGCAUUCAUCCAAUAAUCAUCAAACAUCAUUGUUAAAUGGAUACGGCAAUGGUCAAGCCAAUCACCAGUCCUAUUUGUACAAUGGAUUAUCUCAAAAAUUAGUGAAUGGUCAUGAUAGUGACUUUUAUGUCAAUGGUGAAUACAAUGGUUAUGAAUCUAGUGAGUUCCAACCUGUUCAGUCAGAUAGCCUCGUUGAAGAAUGCCAAGUCUGUGUGGGUAGUAAAAACGGCAUGGUGAACGGCUGUGUUUGCAAGAAAUUGAGUCGUUUUCUUAGCUACCAUCAAUCUUUGCCUCGGAAAACUAUGACUGCCCGACUCCAAACCGUAAAUGGUGGGACGUCAGAAAACGGUUUCGACAAAAUGAACGGCUCAGCCGUCUUCCAUUCUGCUCAACAAGAAAUAGCAGAAAUGAUCGAGAACUUGGACUUGGCCUGCAAAGCUCGACUCCAGGAAUGCUCUGAAUGCUUACCCAAAGUCAAACCUGGUGAUUCGAAACUGGCCAAAGUCCGGGACACUCUCAUUUUUGAAUCGAGACAAUUUGUGACUGCUUCUAAGCUGUUUGUAAAGAGUAUAACUGAAUCUUCCGACAAAAUGGAAGAAAAUUUAACAACGUGUUUAGCGCUGUUAGACCGUAUCUUUGCUGUUAGUGAAUUAGUUGUGAUGGAAAUGACAUUACCUUCCCAAAUUAACAGCCUAGUAGAGAAACUGAAAGAAAUGGCCGUAGCUUAUUCUAGAACUGUGCAAGCUGCUCAUUCUGCGGCAUCGGGUGAAAUACCGAAUUCUAACAUGGCGGGUCUAAUGCACCAAGCCACGUCUCUAGCCACUUCAUUAACGUUAUUUAUGAGAACUUUAAGAACUUUCAACGGUCCUUGAGAUUAGCGUCUAAGUCAUUUAAGUUUAUUUUUUAUGUUAGCUAAACAGUUUUAAUCUAUACAAUGGAACCCUAGGGCAUCACUUUUGGGAACAACACUUGCUCCCGGUAUGCAAUCUGUACAGAUAAAGCUCUGCAUUUCACGAGCAGCGGACUGAAUUUUACGUUCGUUCGCUCUUAUUUGAUUGGAAACUGUAUAGUAGCGAGUUUGCAAAGCGUUUUCUAUGUUAAUAUUUGCUUUGUGGAAAGCUUAAAGAGCACUAAAUUCUAGCCACCAGUACACAAAGGCAAAUUUUAACACGUUGUUUUUUAACAGCUGUGAAAUAUCAAUCACUGAAAGUUUAAAUGUAGUUCACAACAGAUUAUUGCUUUUACCAUUUAAGUUUAGAUAUCCUAAAAUGUUAAGUUUCCGGAAUUCAUUGACUUAACCCUUUGACUACGAAUUAAAAAAAGUUACCGCGUUUUCUAUCCAUGUGAACAAAAAUAAGGUACAUUUAGCAUUUUUUUGACAAACAGUUUUCAAGCCAAAAAUUGGGACCCAUAUGUCCCAGCCGUAGUUAAGGGUGGGAUACACAUGUCCCAUGCGUAGCGAUCGACUUACUAUAAGCACACCUACUAUUCUGGAAAACUUUAUUACAUGAAAUAGAUUUUACAUCGUAUGGUACAGGGUAAAGCAUUCUUUGCAUAACACAACACUACACACUGGGCAACUCAUAAUUGUUCUCUGUGUUCAUUUGUGUACAUCGAGCACAGCGGUAUCUUUAUUUUCCAACUGUUGGAAGAUGAUCCCCAACAUUUUGGAGAUUGUAAGUACUUUUUAACCCAGCAGUAAUUUUUGAACUUUUAGUGGGUUAUACACGCCCCGUUAGUAGUCAAAGGGUUAAAAGUCGGCUUUUUGUAUAAAUAUACAGAAAAUUAUUGAAUAAAAUAACCUAAACGGUGUUCCGGAUUCAAUUUUUAGAAAAUGGAAUAUAUUUUUUGCAUAUUUACAACAGAUAAAUGUUUCGAUUUAAGAAUAAAAAAUAAUGUCUGGCAUUAUUUUUUAUUACUUUGCAUACUCUGCAGCACCUCACUCUUUCGAUGAAAUUCGCAAUUACUACUUCUUCACAUAGCUGCUUGUUGAGGUUGGCUAAUGGUACAAUAAAUUUUCUCAUUAAGUUCUUUAUCAUAAAAUUAUGUGUUGUUACUGUUUGUAGGAUUCCAAGUUCGAAUUUUUUUUGGAACUUCCAAUACUACUGUCACGCACAAAAGCGAUGUUUUCAACAGACCAGCCGGAUCGAGAUCGGAUCAUCUGGAUAGGAUUUAAUGGAUACUGUCGAACCUAGACCUCGAAUUUCUUAAUCAGUCUGCGAAUUGUUGUUUUCGUUAAUCAGUCUGCGAAAUGUUGUUCAAAGUCUGCGAAUUGAUGCAUGUUCACGUCCAAAGACUCCACGAAACUUUUUAACAGUUUAAAUGUGAGUGAGUUUUCACAUUUAAAACUCACUGCUCCUUUGCUUAGUGCUAAGCUGAAAAUAAGCUGCGAAAUGAGCUGAUAAGAUUAAAAUACCAAUGUUGUCAGGUCAAAUGAAACUCAUAAAAAUAUUUUCCAUUUUCUAAAAAUAAAGUAUUUUUAGGGCAUAUUAAAUCUGGCACGGGACAAUGUAUAAUUUUGCCAUCUGUAACUACAAUUUUCUCUCUUAACAAAAAAAUGCUUACGUCGUUAAAUUUUAUAAUACAUGCAAAUCUAUUUCGAGAGUUUAUGUGUGUUAAAAUAAUAAAGUUAAAAUAAUAUGAUAAA